AUGGCGUAUCAGCAUCUGCUCAACGGCUGGCGACAAGUCACGCUUGUGGCAAUUCUACUCAUCGGCCUCCUGUUCUCGAGUUUGGAUGCCUCCAUCGUAUCGACGUCCCUAGUUACCAUCUCUAUCGACCUCCAGGACUUCCUCAACGCACCAUGGGUCGUUCUGGCGUAUCUCUUGGCGUAUCUGGGCCUGGCCAUCGGCUUUGCGAAGCUCAGUGAUAUUUACGGACGUCGUGAUACUCUCUGCGCUGCUUGGAUUCUGUUUGCAGGCUUCUCAAUCGGAUGUGCCCUGGCACAGACCAUGCCCCAGCUGAUUAUCUGCCGUGUGUUCCAGGGUAUGGGAGGCUCUGGACUUUAUAGCUUGGCCCAAAUCGCGCUGUUCGAAGUUGGUCCAGCACACAAGCCAAGUCUUAUGGGUGCCAUGAUCGGACUUACGCUUGCCAUCUCCUACGUACUCGGACCUAUCUUGGGCGGCGUCAUUUCUUCUACGGCUACCUGGAGAUGGGUCUUCUGGAUCAAUGUGCCGUUCGGCGUUGUUCUUGUCGCCGGUCUCUACCUUGCCUGGCCGACUGGUAUAGGCCGCCAAAGACGCGGGAUAGACGCCAUCCGACGAAUUGACUUCUUGGGUAACAUCCUCAUUAUAGCUGCUUGUGCACUGUUAGUGUUUGCACUCCAAGAAGCUGGGGCAUAUACUUUUGCUUGGAAUCAUCCCGUGAUUAUUCUGGCCUUGAUCGUUUCGGUACUUAGCUGGCUGGGCUUUGUGGCCUGGGAAAUCCACCUAAGUUCCAGAAAUAAUACACGAAUCGAGCCUAUCCUACCGCUCCGACUAGUGUGUAGAGUUUAUUCUGCUUGUGUUGUUUGCACUUUCUGCACCGGUUUUACUUACCUCGCUAUCCUGGUCAUCUUGCCGGAGCGCUUCCAAAUUGUCAACGGCGACAAUGCUCUCUACUCGGGUAUUCACCUGCUUCCCAUGCUCGGUGCCACAGCACUGGGCGCAUUUUGCGCCGGAGCCGUCUCCCGUCGGCGUAAUAACACAUCUUGGACACUUUUGGCCGCCCAUUGCUUACAGCUACUGGGCGCUGGUCUUAUGUUAAUGUUACGCGAUAUCACCACGGAGAUCAAGGCACAAUAUAUUUUCCAGCUGUUGCUCGGAUUAGGUAUCGGACUCUCCCUUGGGGCGGCGACCAUCAUGGCCUCGGUACAAUCUAGCCAAGCCGAUCUUGCUGUGGCUCAGGGCAUCGUGGCACAAGCGCGAGUCUUCGGCGGGAGUAUUGGCAUCGCUCUCUGCAGUAUCAUAUUAAAUACUAGAGUGGCACACAGCUUGAGUGGCAAGAUAGACCCAGCUGACCUGGAGGCGAUUCACCAUAGCCCAACAAUUGCACCGUGGCUCCCCAGUGAACUCCGGCGGGAAGUCAAAAUGGUGUAUGCCGAGGCUUUUACCGAUGAUAUCAAGCUCUUGAUGGGGAUUAUCGUGGUAGGCAUCAUUACGAGCUGCUUUACACACCAGAGGCACCCACCACCCAUGCCCGGGACCUCUGCGGCCAAGGAAGCCUUGGGGGCGGAGCAUAGUGAGAUGGAGUUGGACGAUUUUCCUCAUCGACCAUAG